AUGGACUAUCGUUGUGUGGAAACUACAUUUAAGCGGCCGGCAUGCCUGCUGCAAUUUGGGAUGUUGGGUUCUAUGGCUGUCGUUAUGGCCUAUCGUGCAUAUCUCAUCAUUCAGAAAGCGGACCAUCCCCCAGUGGAAGUGGAGGUGGAAAGUGCCCGUGGCUCGGGCAAAUGGGCGAUUUGCGAGCAUCCAGACUUUCGCACACUCUACGGCGCAGGGUUUGGUAUCAUGAGUGGACAAUGGCUUGGUGGGUCUGCUGUGUCUGGCCAGAGUCUUGCCGGUCAGGACGGCUCGAAACUAUCCACCCAAGUCAUCGAAUUUGGCGGAUGGAAGCUCAGUUGCGCCAUUGUGGAUUUGACAAGCCACCCGUUGCAGGCCUAUCCCGGCGCGUUCUGGCUGUGCUCACAAGCUGCCGUGACAUGGUUUCUUUUGGAGACAGACAAAAAGUGGGUCAGAGUCGCUGAGCACGGUCCAGGCCAUCUGGCAGUUCAACGGCUCAGUAUGCAGAGGUAUGGAUGGGAUUGGGGAUAUGAUUCCAACCAUUCUGACGUGUUUGCCACAUUGCCAAUUAUAGAGAACCCAAAAGGAGCCCGACACCAUCAGAAGCAUUGCCAUAUGACGCAGUUUGAAAAAAAAAGGCAGGAUGCGACUCUCUUGCUUAUUGUCAUCGACAGUCCCCACGUCAUUGUCACAACUAGCCUGGGCAUCCUCCCGCAGAUGACUUCCUUGCUGGGUACUUUGGGCGGUCUCAUGACUGUGAUGGGCUUGAUCUUUACCACCGUCUUUGUCCAGAAGUACCCGGAUUCCAACGUGGUGGCCACGUUUCGAAGUCGUACGCUCAUCGGUCAUCAAGAGAAUGGGAACCCUGCACUGCCGCCACAAGAUGAUGGCAAGUGCCCGGUGCCACCAGUGACAUAUACCUCCCAGCAACAGUUGCCAAACAAGGUCGUUACAAGAGCGAGGAGGCAGUCCGGAGUGCCUCCAAUUCCUGUUCCUCCAGGCAUUAGACACCCUUAG